AUGGCAAAGCAAAGAGAACUUGAUAUCUGUGUCGAUCAGUCGUGCUUGCAUCCCGGUGGUAAUUAUACCAUCUACAGAGUUGUUAUUCAACGCUUUUGGGGCUGUGAUAAGGAAGAAAAAAUACUGUAUAAACGCUUCAGUGACUUUCUCAGACUACAUCGGCAGCUCUCCAAAGUUUAUGAAGCUUUGAACUGCAGCACACCUUUCCCCGACUUAUCAAAGAAGACGUAUUUUAAUCGUUUCCAGUCCUCUGUGAUUGAGGCUCGGCUUAGAGCCCUCGACGAUUUUGUUAAAUUUAUCGCUUCCAACGAAUAUUUAUACUGCCACACAUAUUUUACUCGUUUCGUAACUGGUGGUUUUCCGAACCGCCUUCCAUCGCACAACAGCAUCGAUAAAAACCGCUUUUCUAGUUGUCCGACUCCUCCCUCUUCACUCAGCACACCAACAACGGUCGUGCCGCCAAUUCAAGCACCACCGUCUGCUCCAUCUGAAAUUGACGCUAAUACAUUACUUACGCCAAAGCACUUUGAGGUUUUGUGCCACCCUGAAUCCCCCCUAUCGAGCAGUACAGACAGUGAAUUGGAAGGGGACUUCUUACCCUUAGUUUGGGAGUCCAUCAGUUCAGUAAAUCCCAAAAUUCUCGCUGACAUUCAAGCGGCAAAGAGGUUUUCUCGUGAGGGUUACUGGAAAGAUGCAUUUCGGUGCUACAAAGUAGCUGCUUCUAAUCUCUUAAAAGAACUGAAAUCAGACUUCGAUAGGAAAGAUGAAUAUCGCUGCUUGCUUUCUGCGUGCCUAUCGAAGGCCGAGUUUAUUCACAGGGAGCAUAUUUUACACACAAGUCUUUGCAAGAAAAGGAAGGGGGAAGAGCAUAAUCGUCCCGCCUGGUUGGAGUCACCAAAGCUUGCAUCACUGUGCCGGGAUGCUGCCUUGUUAAACUUAUUUGGCUCCGCGGAGGAGCUCACUGAACUAAGAGUCUGUCGGAUUGAGGGAGAGGAUCUUGUCGUUUAUAACCGCUUGGACAGCUCGGUGAAGUAUACACUAAAAUCGCGCAGUCUUUCUUCAAAGAUCCAAAAUCUAGCCUCCAGCAUGUCAACGAUCACCUCUGCGGGCUUGAAAACGUCGCCUCGAGCCGAACGCAUUCUCCCUGUGGGCCGCAUCGCCUUUAUGAGUCGUCUGCAUCGCUUGGUAGAGACUGCUGACCACAGUCGUCUCUUUUUAUUAGUGGAGAGAACGAGGGGCGAGCUGCGAUUGGUAGACUGGCUUGCGGCCUACCUCCAACGUCGCAUUUCGGCCCUCCUCUCCACGGAGUCCGGUGACAGCAAGCAGUGUGGACGUGGGGACACGACUGCGGCUUUAAAACACCUCGUCUGGUGCAAGAAGCGGUCGGUGCGGAUUCGGGAAGUGGUUGAUCGGUGUCUAAAAAAGAAGGGGGAGAGAAGGGAAGAGGGAAAGAGUGUCGACAGCUGCGAUGUUCCAAAGGGAUUCACCGGUGCUAUCAUUCAAAAUUGUACUAUCUACUGUCCACCCCACAUAUUUGAGUCCAUCAUCACUUCAAUCCGAGAAAACCAUGCUUUGCGCGCUGCAGACGUGGUUGCUUCCUUGCUAGAGGCUCGACAGUUGCACCUGAAAGGAGAUUUCUGUUCAAACUCUCCUUUUGCUGACUUUCUCCCACCCUCUGCCAAGGAGCAUAUUUCUCCGGAUCUCAGUGGCCCUUUAUCCCCACUCCUCACUCCUGCGGUUAUUUUGAACAGAUACCCACCAUGGCCGUUGCCUCCACCCCGUCGAAGUCAUUCCGUGAAUGACCGUCUUCCUUUUUUGCGAGAACCAUGGCUUUCUUCAGACGAGGAUAUUUAUAACCACCGCUCGAAUUGCCAUGAAAUACCUCUCCUGCCUGAGCGCAGGUCCAUCCUCUGGGCCGCUGAAUUGGUUUCUGUUGUGUCAUGGCUCCACGCACGUCAAAUCGUCCUGAGCCAUUUAGAUCGAUCGCGUGUCUAUCUCACACAAAGCGGACAUAUAGAAAUAGACUACUUCUUUCGAUGGGACACAACGAAUGCCGGUUGGGUGAGUCAGUUAAACAAAGAGCAAGGCGGUGUCUACGUUUGUGCUCCGGAGUUGCUGGUCGGACGUUUGGCAUCCUCCUUUCUCUGCGGAAGUACGUGGGAGAAAAGGGCAGUCUGCGAUUGGUGGUCUGUUGGGGUGAUUCUAUACGAGGUUUUCACUGGCCUUCGACUCCAUGAAACUCAUCCCAGGGGUAUCAUGGCUUCCACACCUCUGAAGCUUCCACCAACACUGUCUUUAGAGGUCGUUGACUUCCUAACCUUUCUGUUGAAGCUGAAUCCAAACGAGCGGCUUUCAGACUCAACUGUGAAGCGCCACCCAAUCUUCGGGUCAAUUGAUUGGUCUCAUAUUGACGACAAUGGUUUGCACUGA